AUGGCCACCCCACCCAGGAAGCUCAACCUCCGCUCCACAGCGGUCAAGCGCAUCAUGCAAGAAGCUCAGGAGCUGGCCAGCGCAGACGUCGAUGACGACGGCUUCACCGCCGCUCCCGUAGAGGACGAUAUCUUCGAGUGGCACUGCACAAUGAGAGGAGUGGAGGAUAGCGAGUAUGAAGGCGGUCUGUACCAUUUCCGCAUUGUGCUGCCUCCUUCGUACCCCAUGUCUGCUCCCGACAUCAUCUUGCUCACUCCCAAUGGGCGAUUUGAAUUGGGUAAAAAGAUCUGCAUAGACGGUCUUACAAGCUUCCAUGCUGGAUCAUGGCAGCCGGCCUGGGGAGUUCGCACAGCCAUCGUCGGUCUCCGCUCCUUCUGGAUGCAAACUGGUGAAGCUCUCUCAGGUGUCGGUGCCCUCGACUACUCAAAGGAUGAACGGAGGCGGCUGGCAAAGUUGUCUGCCCAGUGGAAAUGUCCUACAUGCGAAGUGGCAAACGAAGAAAUCUUGCCUUGCAUUGCCGAAAGGGUGGACAAGGGAAAGGGAAAGGCGGAGGAAGAGGUCACUGAGAAGACGGAGCGGGAAGGUGCGGGAGACGAUAAGGAUGUUGAUGACAAAGGCGCUCCUGGAGAGCCAAUGCCCUUGAAGGAAGUCCCUCCUUCUGCCCCUGCGCCUCAAGCACUCCCAGCACCCUCCCACAUAUCCCCCACACCCAUACCCCGCCCCGCACCUCAGCCAUCCACAGCUAUAGCCCGCGCACCACCCCGUGCCGCCCCCGCUUUACAGGACCCAGGCUUUGUCCGGAUCCAAGCCCACCAAUCUGCUCUAGACCCCAACCGCCCCGUCCCUCUGUGGCUGGACCACUUGAUCGGCUUUGUGUGCAUCAUCUUCGGGUUGGUGGUUUGCAAGAGGGUCGGAACGUAUAUCAUGAGUCCAUGA